AUGCCGUUCGACCCCAAAUCGACCACCUUCGAACCGCUUAACGAGCCCACCGGCUCUUGGCCCGUCGCCAAAGUGACACUCCCCAUCCCCAUGGGCGAGGUUGCCGCGCGCACCGCCGAGGACAUCGCCGCCGCCCGCGCCGCCGCCGACUUCGACCCAGUACGCAUCGAAGACACCCUCCGCGACGCUCGAAUCGACAAUGCAUCCCGCAAAUCCGUCAUGACCAUCCUCUCCAAGGACCCCAUCUUCGGCAACUGGAAGAAGCGCAUGAUCCACAUGAACCGCGAACAGCAGAUGCGUCAAUCGCACUUUGCCUGUCGAAGGCUGCUCGAGCUCGGGGAGAAGCACGAGUGGACGACGCACGAGAUCAUCGAAGCUGCGCUGACGUUGGACCUGCAGAGUCCGAUCACCAUCCACUGGGUGGCGUUUGUGCCGGUGAUCUUCGGUCAGGGCAGUGCCGAGCAGAUCGAGAAGUGGGGCCAGAAGGCGAUGAACCACGAGAUUCUGGGUUGCUACAUGCAGACGGAGCUGGGCCACGGUACCAAUGUGCAGCAGCUCGAGACGACGUGCACGUACGAUGAGGCGAGCGACAGCUUUAUCCUGCAUUCUCCGACGCUCACUUCGACCAAGUGGUGGGCAGGCGGUCUCGGUACCACCGCUACCCACGGUGUGGUUCAGGCACAGUUGAUCAUCAAGGGCAAACGCUACGGUCCCCACCUGUUCUUCACCCAGCUGCGCGACAUGGAUUCGGGCAAGCUGUUGGACGGGCUCGUCGCAGGUGACAUCGGUCCCAAGACGUACGGUGCCUUCGGAGGUCUGGACAACGGUUGGGCUAGGUUCAACCAGUUCAAGAUCCCGCGCGAUCACAUGCUCUCCAAGCACGCUUCGGUCAAGAAGGGCGGAGAGUACGUCAAACCUCCCAGCGACAAGUUGAGCUACGGCGGCAUGAUCUUCAUCCGUUCGCAGAUGAUUGACAGGACCGGAUGGAUGCUCUCGCGAGGUGUUACGAUCGCGACACGAUACGCGUGGGUUCGACGACAGUUCCGCGAUCCUUCGAGCAAGGAUAUCAACGAUGUCGAGCGAUCGGUGCUCAGCUAUCCUUCGACGGCUCGUCGUGUGUUGCCUCUGCUUGCCAAGGCGUACGCGUACAUCUUGGCUGGUCGAAGGAUGCGAACUUUGUACGAGGAUAUGGCGCAGCAACUCGAGGAGGGAAACACCGAGCUGCUCGCCGACGUGCACGUCGCUUCCUCCUCGCUCAAGGCCUACUGCACCAAGCAAGCUUUGGACGGUAUCGAAGAGUGCCGUCAAGCGCUCGGUGGACACGGUUUCUCCGCCUACGCAGGUUUCACCUCUGUGUUCCCCGAACAGGCGCCGGCCGUCACGUACGAAGGAGACAACAUCGUUCUCGCCUCGCAAGUCGGUCGUGCCAUGCUCAAGAUCUCGGGCGAGCUCGAGUCCAACCCUUCCACCAAGGUCGCCGCCACCUCUGGGUUCCUCAAAGCCAUCUCUCAGAAGAACGCCAUCCCCUUCACCCAACCCAAGCAGGCCUCGGACUGGUACAACCCGCAAGUCUACUCGGCCGCGCUUGGCCUUCGCGCCGCCCAGCUAGUGGUGGAUCUGCGCGCAGAGAUCAAGAGCGGAAGACCGUUUGUCGAUCUGAGCUACGAAUGCAUCGAGGUGGCCAAGAGUCACGCCGAGUUCGUCGUGGAUCUCUGGUUCGGCGAAGGCAUCCGGGAUGACGCCGAGAGGCUGGGCGAGAAGGAGUGUCAGUGGCUGAACAAGCUCGUCACGUUGCACGCGUUGACCGCUCUCUCGAGGAACAUCACCCCGCUCGUACUGCCCGCCAGCGAGGGCCGUAGUCUCGCUGGCUACGCCACCAACCAGGCGAUCCUGACCCCGGAUUCGGUCAUCCUGCUCGAGAAGGCGAUCCGCGAGCUGGUCAAGGAGAUCCUGCCCCAGGUCAUCGGUCUCUCGGAUGGCUUCGGUUGGUUGGACUGGGAGCUCGGCUCGAGUCUCGGCAGGAAGGACGGCAGGGUGUACGAGCAGCUCAUGGCCGAUGCAGAGGCCAACCCGCUGAACCACGAGGGCGCAGUGCCGGCGUUGGAGAGCAUCGACAAGGUGGGCGUGUACAAGUACGGAAGCAGCAACAUCGGUAAAGGUGUUCCGGACUGGUACAGCACCGAGAUCGGACCGUUGCUCAAGGCCGCUGCCAAGAGGUCCAACUUGUAA